AUUUUUAUCAAUGUCAUUAUUAUACCUUCUCGAUUUUUAGUGUGGUUGUUUCGUAAACUGAAAUUUAAAUAAUAACUAUUAAAAACGUGAUUCAUUAAUGCGCUGAAUAUAAAAAUAUAUAGGUAAGUUCAGAAAUUGUUAAAAAAAUGAAUGAAUUUAAUCCAACUGAAAGAGUUGUUAAUGGUGAAAUUAAUGAACCAAAAAAAGCUUCAGAUGCAGUUUUGAAAAAAAGUAUUGAACUUGAUGCUCCAAUAGUAAAAGGUUAUGAUUGGAAUAAUGGAAUAGAUUAUGAACGUCUUUUAUCUGUUUACCGAUAUUCUGGAUUUCAAGCUACAAAUUUUGGACUAGCUGUGGAACAAAUAAAUAAAAUGCUAGAUGAAAGAGAAAAACCAUUUGAAGAAGAUAUUUAUGAGGAAGAUGAAUUUAUUAAACGCCGCUCUAACUGUACCAUAUUUCUUGGUUAUACAUCUAAUAUGGUAUCAUGUGGAAAUCGAGAUUCAAUACGAUUUGCUGUGGAACACAAUAUGGUUGAUUGUAUUGUCACAACUGCUGGAGGUGUUGAAGAAGAUAUUAUAAAAUGUUUAGCUCCUACAUUUAUUGGAGAUUUCCAAUUAAAAGGAAGUACUCUACGUGAAAAUGGAAUUAAUAGAAUCGGAAAUUUACUGGUGCCGAAUAAUAAUUAUUGUAAAUUUGAAAAUUGGGUCAUGCCCAUUUUGGAUAAAAUGUUAAUAGAACAAAAUAUCGCCUGGACGCCAUCUCAAAUAAUUGAGAGAUUAGGUUUAGAAAUAAAUAAUAAAGAAUCUAUUUGUUAUUGGGCAGCACGUAACAAAAUUCCUAUUUUUUGUCCAGCAUUAACAGAUGGUAGUUUAGGAGAUAUGAUGUACUUCCAUUCUUUUAGAAAUCCCGGUCUUAUAAUCGAUAUACUUAAAGAUCUAAAGCGAUUAAACACCAUGGCCGUUAAAGCAGCCAAUACUGGAGUGAUUAUUGUAGGAGGCGGAUUGAUAAAGCAUCAUAUUUGCAAUGCUAAUUUAAUGAGAAAUGGUGCAGAUUAUGCAGUUUACCUAAACACUGCUUCUGAAUAUGAUGGCAGUGACUCCGGAGCUAGGCCUGAUGAAGCUGUUUCGUGGGGAAAAAUUAGAGCUGAAGCAACACCUGUAAAAGUUUAUGGGGACGCAACACUUAUACUACCACUCUUAGUGGGAGAAACUUUCGCUAAACGAUUUCAUAAUAAAAAAAACAAACAAUAAAUAAAUUUACUUGAACAUUGCAGUUAAUUUAUUUUCCUA